UUCGAAUUUCGCACAGUUUUUUAAAUUUAAUUUCGUCGUUACUGAGUCUUUCGAUAACUGAUAAAUGCUUUGCCUUGGUAAUGAAAUCUACAAGGUACAUAGUCAAUCUCCCGUUCAUACUUGAAAAAUACCCCCACAUUGAAUUGGGAAUAGAGAGGACUGUGGGGGGUCGUCCAAAAAUUGCACAAGAUAUCUCGGAAAAGCCCUAUCUCGAUUAUCAAUAUUUUUGUUCGAAAUCUAGUUUCUUCUCUCUAAUUAGAGCCAUUAAAACCAAUUUUUUAAUUGUAUUUUAG